UAGACGUCAUCGACGGUCAUUUAAAAAUGGCGGACUGCUUGGCUGCACGUUUAACCGCCCAGGAGGAGCAGAUUCGGCUUCUCAUCGCUGAAAUAUCAGCUCUUCGGGACGGAUUAAACGGCGGCACCGACCGCGUCAGGGUUGCUGUCGUAAGUCCGGAGCUCGAAAACCUGCGGACGGAGAAUGAGAAGCUCAGGUACCGGUUGCUGCACCUGCGGAGGGGUUUGCAGGCUGAGCUGGAGAUGGAGGAGGCGGCGCAAGGAAGGAAGCAGCCAGAAGCCAAGUGUGGCAAAACCCCGGAGAAGAAUACCAAAAAGCACCAUCAGACAAACAGCCGAGCUGAUAACCGGGUACCAAUCCCAGACAAGAAACCCAGUGAGAAAAGCAAGAAGGACAAGAAGCAGGAUAAGGAGCAAGUGGAUGGAGGAGUAAAAAAGCUGAACCCAUGGCCGACGUAUGUUCCUGAGCGUCUCAGCCUCUACGAGGAGCUUAAGAAGGAGAGCGAUGCCCUGCUGGUGAAGAAGGCUGCAGAAAGUAAACCCAUUAUUGUUGAGCUGACAGAUGGGCAAAAGGUGCCAGGGAAGUCUUGGGUUACCACGCCAUAUCAGUUAGCUUGUGACAUCAGUCAAAGCCUGGCUGACAGUGCAGUGAUUUCUCGAGUGAAUGGCGAACUUUGGGAUCUGGACAGACCUCUAGAGCAGGACUGCUCUCUUGAGAUCUUGCGCUUUGACGAUGAAGACGCUCAAGCUGUGUACUGGCACUCCAGCGCACACAUCCUGGGAGAAGCCAUGGAGCGCUUUUAUGGAGGUUGUUUGUGUUACGGCCCCCCGAUAGAGAACGGUUUUUACUACGACAUGUUCCUGGAUGGACAGAAGUCGGUGUCCAGCACAGAGUUUGGGGACUUGGAGGCUUUGUGUAAGGCUGUGGUGAAAGAGAAACAGCCUUUUGAGAGACUUGAAAUCAGUAAAGAGACACUGCUAAAAAUGUUUAAGUACAACAAAUUUAAGUGUCGCAUUCUGAAUGAGAAAGUUACCACCCCCACUACAACAGUCUACAGAUGUGGGCCCCUAAUUGACUUAUGCAGAGGCCCUCAUGUCAGACACACCGGGAAGAUCAAGGCAAUGAAGAUUUACAAGAACUCUUCCACCUACUGGGAGGGCCGCUCAGACAUGGAAACUCUGCAGAGGAUUUAUGGGAUUUCCUUCCCAGACUCAAAGAUGCUGAAGGAGUGGGAGCGCUUUCAGGAGGAGGCCAGGAAUAGAGACCACAGAAAGAUUGGCAAAGAUCAGGAGCUGUUCUUCUUCCACGAUCUCAGCCCCGGCAGCUGUUUCUUCAUGCCACGUGGAGCCUAUGUCUACAACACACUCACAGAGUUCAUCAGGGACGAGUACUGGAGAAGAGGCUUUCAGGAAGUUGCCUCCCCCAACAUCUAUAACAGCAGGUUGUGGGAGACAUCUGGCCACUGGCAGCACUACAGUGAAAACAUGUUUUCAUUCCCCGUGGAAGAUGACAUCUUUGCGUUGAAGCCAAUGAACUGCCCCGGCCACUGCUUGAUGUUCAACCACAGGCCCCGCUCAUGGCGGGAGCUUCCUCUGAGGCUGGCGGAUUUUGGGGUCCUGCACAGGAAUGAGCUGUCAGGAACUCUGACAGGCCUGACCCGAGUGCGGCGCUUUCAGCAGGAUGACGCGCACAUUUUCUGCGUGAUGGAGCAGAUUGAGUCAGAGAUGAAGGGUUGUCUGGACUUCCUCCGCUGUGUUUACGACGUGUUCGGAUUCACCUUCCAGCUUUAUCUCUCAACCCGUCCAGAAAAGUAUCUUGGCGACGUGGCGGUGUGGAACCAGGCAGAGAAGCAACUUGAAAGCAGCUUGAAUGAGUUUGGGGAGCCAUGGAAACUCAACCCUGGAGACGGGGCUUUUUAUGGACCCAAGAUUGACAUUAAGAUCAAAGACGCCAUUGGACGCUACCACCAGUGUGCCACUAUUCAGCUGGACUUCCAGCUGCCUAUUCGCUUCAACCUGACCUUUGUGGGAAAGGAUGGAGAUGACAGAGCGCGACCAGUCAUCAUCCAUCGUGCCAUCUUGGGCUCAGUGGAAAGGAUGAUUGCCAUUCUGACAGAGAACUAUGCAGGGAAAUGGCCUCUGUGGCUCUCUCCGCAGCAGGUGAUGUUGGUUCCCGUCAACCCCUCCUGUGAGGAUUAUGCCAACAAGGUGUGCAAACAAUUCACAGAAGCUGGGUUCAUGGCUGAUGCUGACCUGGACUCUGGCUGUCUCCUGAACAAGAAAAUCCGAAAGGCUCAGCUGGCCCAAUAUAAUUUUAUCCUGGUUGUCGGGGAGAAGGAGAAGAUGACUAACAGCGUAAAUGUGCGCACAAGAGACAACAAGGUCCACGGAGAACUGCCAGUGUCUGAGGUGAUUGCUCGACUGACCCUGCUUAAGCAGUCCCGCUGUCGUAAUGCAGAAGAGGAGUUCUGAUGAAGAUGUGCUAAACAAAGUUAAAGUGUGUCCCUAGGUUACCUUAGGCACAGUAGUAAAGUUGGAGGAGCACUGAAUGGGCAGAUGAUGGCACAUAUGUAGAUGGUUUUUGGAAAGUAAUACAAGUGAAACAAACAGAAAUAGAUCAUAUUCUUGUGUAAGUGUGUUCAAUGAAUGGGGGAAAAGAAGAUAUGCCCAUGUAAUCGUCGGUGAACUGCAGGGUGAGCUCUGAAUAUUCAAUUAUUUCCUGGCAGUCUAAAUCAAUUUGAAGGAACCCGAGCUAAUAAUUUCAAGAUCAAGUCUGAUCUCUAUAAUCAUGAAAAUGUAAAAUGGAGACAUAUUCCCACAACUAUCUGCCCUCCUGUGGGAAAAAAACUUAAAAUAAAAAUCUACAAAAUGUG